GUCCCCGCUGGGCCCGGGGGCCAGCCCGGGGCCUCUGUGAGGGUGGUGCGCUCCCUGCUCCCCGGCCCCGCCGGGGCCUUUUGGCAUCUCUUCUGUCUCCUCUGCAGCGGGUUUUUUCCAGGCCACGAGCAUGAGUGACCAAAUCAAGUUCAUUGUUGAGAAGCUCAAUCAGGAGCCCUUCAAGAAGAACUACAAUUUAAUCACGUUUGACUCCUUAGAGUCGAUGCAGCUGUUGCAGCUGCUCAGUGAUGUGCUGGGGGAGAUUGACCCGAAGCAUGCUGUUGACAUUAGAGAGGAAAUGCCAGAACAAACAGCUAAAAGAAUGUUGAGUCUUCUUGGUAUCCUUAAAUACAAACCUCCAGGAAGUAUAUCAGACUUGAGUGCAUUUCGCCAAGGGUUAGUUACUGGAAGCAAACCUGUAAUUCAUCCUGUCUUACAUUGGCUUCUUCAGAGGACCAAUGAACUUAAGAAAAGAGCCUACCUGGCACGUUUCUUAGUAAAACUGGAAGUGCCAGCUGAGUUCCUACAGGAUGAUACUGUGGCGGAAACCAACAAACAGUAUGAAGAGCUUAUGGAAGCAUUCAAAAACCUACAUAAGGAAUGUGAGCAGCUCAAAACAUCUGGUUUCUCUACUGCAGAAAUAAGAAGGGAUAUCAGUGCGAUGGAAGAGGAGAAAGAUCAACUCAUCAAAAGAGUGGAGCGUCUUAAGAAGAGGGUGGAGACAGUACAAAAUCAUCAACGAAUGCUCGAAAUAGCAAGACAGCUUCGCUUAGAAAAAGAGAGAGAAGAAUCUUUGGCUCAACAGAAACAAGAACAAAAAAAUCAGUUGUUCCAUGCAGAGCAGAGACUGCAAAGAGUACAGCUCCAGCUGAAAGAGAUGCAUCAUGCAGUAGUGGAUUCAAAACCUGAAAGCUUAAUGAAGAAGCUGGAGGAGGAGAUAAAGUUCAAUUCAUAUCUGGCUACUGAAAAAAUACCUAGAGAGCUUGAAAGUAAGAAGAAAUCAUUGUAUUUCUUACAAAAGGUGGUUACAGAGCCGGCUAUGAGCCAGUCUGAUCUCAAUGUACUUGAAAUCAAGAUAAAUGAAGUAAAUGCUCAAAUCAAUCAGCUUAUUGAGAAGAGAAUGAUGAAGUAUGAGCCGAUUGAUAGUAAAUUUUCCAUGUAUCGUCAACAGGCAUCUAUAAUUUCCCGGAAAAAGGAAGCCAAGGCCGAAGAACUUCAGGCUGCUAAGGAAGAGAUGUCAAACACUGAGAGGCAGAUGCUACAGAAAACAAAUCAGGCCCGUGAGUUAGAAGGCUCUGAAGUUCUGAAAGGCGAUGAGUUCAAACACUAUGUUAAUAAGCUCCGGAGCAAAAACACAUAUUAUAAAAAGAAGCGACUAGAAAUAGCAGAAAUUACAGCUGAGUAUGGCAUCCUCCAGAGGACAGAAGAACUUCUAAAACAGCGCCAUGAGGCUAUUCAGCAGCAGUUGCAAGCUAUCGAAGACAAGAAAGGUAUUUCUGGAUAUAGCUACACCCAGGAGGAGUUGGAAAGAGUAUCUGCAGUAAAAAGUGAAAUGGAUGAAAUGAAAGGCCGAACACUAGAUAGCAUGUCUGAAAUGGUAAAAAAGCUGAAUACUAUGGUGGCAGAUAAGAAGUCCAGCCUAGCUCCUGUUAUCAAAGAACUGAGACAGUUGCGUCAGAAGUGCCAGGAAUUAACUCAAGAAUGUGAUGAAAAAAAAGUCCAGUACGACAGUUGUGCAGCAGGGUUAGAGAGCAAUCGCUCUGCACUGGAACAGGAAGUGAAAGGACUUCUCGAGGAGUGUAUUCAGGAAGAAAGCAACUACCAUUAUAUUAACUGCAUGAAGAGGAAUAUAGAAGUACAGCUGCAGCGUGCUAAAGAAGAAAUGAAAACAUACGUUUCCUCAGAUCCACAGGAGAGACGAAAAGCAAUUCGAGAGCAGUAUACACGAAUGAUUCUUGAACAAGAAAACCUUGGGAAGAAAUUACGAGAGAAGCAAAAAGUUGUACGGGAAAGUCACGGGCCAAAUAUGAAGCAAGUUAAAAUGUGGCAGGAUUUUGAGCAGUUAAUGGAAUGUAAGAGCGAAUGUUUUCUAAAGCAACAAAAUCAAACAGCCAUUGGUCAAGUCAUUCAGGAAGGAGGUAAAGAUAGGCUUGUAUUAUGAAUUCUUUCUUCUUUAUACCAGCAUAAAGCAGGAAAACAGUGUGUUGGUGUCUUAAAGGUAAUCUCAUACUGAAUAUCGUUGCUUUCAUCAUUUCUGCAUAAAUUCUUUGCAAGUUAUUUGGUUUUAGUGCAUAAACAAAGAGGGAAACUAACCACUAUACGAAGCUAUACUGGGUCCAUUGUUUAGGUGACAACAUAACAUGGUUAGGAAGAUCUGUUAUGAGAUCUGCACUAGGGUGAAGCUUGUCGUAAAUCUUUGUUUUAUGAGUCUGGGAAUGGCAUGCAUCUGCAGCGAGAUCAAAGGAAAAGAAAUCCUUUUCCAGGGUCACAGAAAACUUACGUAAUUGCCCGGCUCCUUAUUCUGAAUCACUAAGGUUACAUUUUUGCAACGCCUGGGACUGGAUAUUGUAUAGUUGUGGACCUCCUGGCUUGGCCGUCUCCUUCCCCAUUGUCUUUAUUCAUCUACUGUGACUGGCAAGAAUGGAGCCACUCUCACUCGGAGCUGCACAGACCUUACCUGCACACUCCUAGUCAUACUUUCCUUGCACGGUUGAAUUAAACUGAUUGUGCUUGCAGGAGACACUUCAUGCCUACAGCGUCAGGAGUAGGAUCUGAGAACAAUUACUUGGAUUCUGAGUUUUUUCCAUUAUCUUUUGUUGUUUGUAGCAAAUGUGGUUUUCUUACACAUAAACCUUUUUCUAAUUUCUCUUAGUUACCCAUGUGAAAGUGUAAACUGUAGUCUGUUAAAGGCUUCCUCUAGGGAGGAUAUUUUGUGCUGUUUAGUCUGUGCAGCGUGAUUCCAAAGUGAUUACAGUUGCCCAAAAAGGGUCACCUCAGGGACGGAGGGUCAUUGAUGGCUGCAGAUAGGGCCCAGUGGUUCUUGCAUAUGUUCAGGUAUGCAGAACAAAUAGAUAUGCAAGGCUCCCUUGUGCUCUGACUUUGACCUGCGAGCCACAAGCAACUUUCACUUUGCCCUACAAAUUGCAUCAUGAGACCCAAAGCUGACCCAGGAUAAGAGGAAUGCAGAUGAGGCUUGAAACUGUCUCUCACGCUUCAUCAUUUCUGAUGAGCGCCUCUUAGCCACAGUCAAAGAUCAGAAGCAGAGAGAUAAGUCUGGGAGACCAAAAUUCUUGCUGUUCUUCUUUACUCUCUUGGAUUACUGAAUUUCUAAAUAGUUUUUUUUUUUUUCUGUUUUCCUGCCUAAGGUAGAAUGGACUUAGUCACUUUCUGAUCUUUCUGAUGUAAUUUGAACAUAAAAUAUAAUUUAGUUUUCUCUGAUAACCUGAGAUCUUUCGUUGUUUUCUUUAUCAAGAGAGAGUAUGGGAGUUACAUAGUUCCUUGUUUGUUUUUGCAUUAAAUAUAUUUGUCAACAGAACUAAAAUAAAAUCUAAUAACUAUA